GCUUCACUAAAAAGAAAUGACCAUCGUUGCAGCAAAAACAACUCAUACCUCCUUCUUCGGUAACCAUCGCUGCUUGCUUCAUCUAUCUUCAACAGUAAAAGAAUUGUUCUUCAUCGGUAAAACCAAAUCAAACCACAGUACCUUAUUUUGGAUAGUUUGAGAGAGUUUCAAACAAGAAGAUUGCAAGAACAAAGCAAAGUCCAGGUGCUACACAAGUAAGCAUAUCCAACAAUGGAAGCAACUAAUGAAAUCAUGAAACAAGUUAUUCCAAUUUUGAUGGUUCCCAUUAACGAUUACCUACGUUACAUUAUUUCUUGCAUGAAGUAUGUGAGGAACAUGGAUAUUAAAAUGACGGAGUUAAAUGCUGCAAGAUUCAGCGUUGAAGAACACAUGAUGCGAAAUACUAGUAAUCAUCUUGAGGUUCCAACCUAUGUCGAGGGUUGGUUGAAAGAUGUAGGAAAAAUCAUGGCAAAAUCCGAAAAGGUUCUUAGUGAAGUCGUUAGUUGCUUUAAUUUAAAGAUUAGGCACAAGGUAGGGAAGAAUGCCUUCAAUAUAAUUGAGGAGAUUGAUAGUGUGAUGAGACGACACUCUCUAAUUACUUGGACUGAUCAUCCCAUUCCUCUGGGCAAAGUACUCGAUUCAAUGAAGGCAUCCACCUCCACCCCAUCAAUUGAACACAAUGUAUUCCGGUCAAGAGAGGUGACUUUUAAAGAAGCACUAAAAGCACUUGGAUCGAACCACAAAGGUCACAUGGUAGCCUUAUGUGGGAUGGGCGGUGUGGGGAAGACCACGAUGAUGAAAAGGAUAAAAGACGUUGUGGAAAAGAGGAAAAUGUUCAAUUAUAUUGUUAUGGUGGUUGUAGGCGAAAAGACAGACCCUAUUGCUAUUCAGAAAGCUGUAGCAGACUACCUUCGUAUAGACCUAAGUGAAAGCACUAAAUCAGCCAGAGCAGAUAAACUUCGUAAAUGGUUUAAUGACAACUCUGAUGGGGGUAAGAAUAAGUUCCUCAUAAUACUUGAUGAUGUUUGGCAAUUUGUUGAUCUAGAAGAUAUCGGUUUAAGUACUUCUUUACCAAAUCAAGGUGUCAACUUCAAGGUCUUAUUGACAUCACGAAAGAAAGAUAUUUGCACAAUGAUGGGAGUUAAAGAUAAUUCAAUUAUCAAUGUCAAAGUCUUAGAAGAAGAAGAAGCACAAAAUUUGUUCCUCCAAUUCGUAGAAAUUUAUGAUCGGGAGCUUCAUCAGAUACGGGUAGAUAUAGUAAAGAAGUGUUGUGGUUUACCCAUUGCCAUAAAAACCAUGGCCUUAACUCUUAGAUAUAAAAGCAAGGAUUCAUGGAAAGAUGCACUCUCCCGUUUAGAGGACCAUGAAACUGAAAAUGUUGCAAAUGAAGUUUUCGAGAUGAGCUACCGCAAUCUCCAAGAUGAGGAGACCAAAGCCAUUUUUUUGCUUUGCAGUUUGUUCCCCGAAGACUUUGAUAUCCCUACCGAGGAUUUAGUGAGAUAUGGGUGGGGAUUAAAUUUAUUCAAAAAAGUGUAUACCAUUAGAAAGGCAAGAACGAGGUUGUAUUCUUGUAUUGAGAGACUCAUGGAUUCAAAUUUGUUAAUUGAAAGUAAUUAUGUUGGGUACAUCAAGAUUCACGAUUUGGUGCGCGAUUUUGUUUUAGAUAUGUAUUGUAAAGCUGAGCAUGCUUCAAUUGUCAGCCAUGGUAAUAUGCAUGGUUUUAUUGAAAAUAAUAUGACCGACUCUUGCACAGCAAUUUCAUUAUCAUGUGAGAGUAUAUCUGAGUUUCCAAGAGACCUUAAUUUCCCAAAUCUAACGAUUUUGAAACUUAUGCAUGGAGAUAAGUGGCUAAGGUUUCCUCAAGACUUUUAUAAAGGAAUGGAAAAGCUUCAGAUAAUAUCUUACGAUGAAAUGAAGUAUCCAUUACUUCCUUCAUCACCUCAAUUCUCAAUAAACCUUCGAGUGCUUCAACUUCAUGCAUGUUCAUUAAGAAUGUUUGAUUUCUCAUGUAUUGGAAAUAUGUUGAACUUGGAAGUGCUCAGCUUUGUUGAUUCUGGAAUUGAUCGGAUACCUUUGACAAUUGGAAACUUAAAGAAAUUAAGGCUACUUGAUCUGAGAUGUUCUCAUGGUCUUUGUAUAGAACAGAGUGUCUUGAAAAAUUUGAUCAAACUUGAAGAACUUUAUAUUGGAAAUUCAUCUGGUCUUAUAGAUGAUAACUACAAUGAGUUGUCAAAGCGUUCAAGCAACCUUUUCGCAUUAGAAUUAGAGUUCCUUAAUAACAAGGAUCAAAUGAAGAAUGUGUCAUUUAAGAAUCUUGAACGAUUCAAGAUAUCAGUGGGACGCCGUUUAGAUAGAUAUAUCAGUGAGAGUAGUCACCCAUAUGAAAACACGUUGCAGUUAGUGACCAGCAAAGGUGACAUACUAGACUCGAAACUUAAUGAGUUGUUUGUGAAAACUGUGGUGCUUUGUUUAAGUGUAGAUGACAUGACUGAUCUUGAAGAUGUUGAGGUAAUAUCUUCAAAUUCUUAUCAAUCCUCUUCAUUAUGCAAUUUAAGAGUCCUUAUCGUUUCUGGUUGUGCGGUGUUGAGAUACCUUUUCAAACUCUGUGUUGCAAACACUUUGUCAAAUCUUGAGCAUAUGGAAGUUUAUGAGUGCGAUAAUAUGGAAGAAAUCAUACAUAAUGGGACUGUGGGUAGUGGAAAAGAAACAAUUACAUUCCCCAAGCUGAAAUUUUUAUCUUUGGGUAGACUACCGAAGCUAUUAGGUUUGUGCCUUAAUCUCAACAAAAUUGAGUUACCACAACUCAUAGAUUUGAAACUUAAGGGCAUUCCAGGUUUCACACGCAUUUUUCCACUGGAAACAUCUACUUUGUUUAAGGGAGAGGUUGUGAUUCCUAAGUCGGAGACACUUCAAAUUAAUGACAUGGAGAACUUAAAGGAAAUAUGGCCUUGGGAACUUAAUAGAGAUGAGAAAGUUAAAUUGAAAGAGAUUGAAGUGAAUAAUUGCCAUAACCUUGUGAAUCUAUUUCCGUGCAAUCCCAUGUCUCUGCUGCAUCAUCUUGAAGAACUUAAAGUCAAGAAUUGUGGUUCCAUUGAAUCGUUAUUCAACAUCGACUUGGAUUGUAAUGGUGCAAUUGGUGAAGAAGACAACAUUAGCAGCUUAAGAAGCAUCAAAGUGGUGAACUUAGGGAAUCUAAGAGUGGUGUGGAGGAUAAAAGGUGCAUAUAACUCUCGUCCCCUCGUCUAUGGCUUUCAAGCUGUUGAAAGCAUAAGUAUUGAAACAUGUGAGAGGUUUAGAAAUGUAUUCACACCUUCCACCACCAGUUUUGAUCUGAGAGCACUUAGGGAAAUGAAUAUAAGGGAUUCCGGUGAAAACAAGCAAAACAGCGAAUUAGUAGAGAGUAACCAAGUGCAAGAGCAGUUUUUAGAAGCAGGUGUCGCUUCUUGGAGUUUAUGCCAAUACGCUAGAGAGAUAGAGAUAUAUAAGUGUGAUGAAUUGUCAAGUGUGAUUCCAUGUUAUGCAGCAGGACAAAUGCAAAAGCUUCAAGUGCUGACAGUAAGGUCUUGUGAUGGGAUGAAGGAAUUAUUUGAAAAGAGUGGUUGUGAUGAAGGAAAUGGUGGAAUUCCAAGGCUAAAUAACGUAAUUAUGCUUCCCAGUCUAAAGAUAUUGCACAUCACAUGUUGUAGGGGUUUGGAACACAUAUUCACAUUCUCUGCACUUGCAAGCAUGAGACAGCUCGAAGAGUUAACUAUAACAUAUUGCAAGGCCUUGAAAGUGAUUGUGAAGAAGGAAGAAGACAAUGCAUCAUCAUCGUCAUCGAAGGAGGUUGUGGUCUUGCCUCAUCUAAAGUCCAUUGUACUAUUGGAUCUACCUGAGCUGGAGGGUUUCUUCUUGGGGAUGAAUGGAUUCCUAUGGCCUUCAUUGGAUAUGGUUGGGAUCAUUGAUUGUCCUAAAAUGCUGGUAUUUGCACCUGGUGGGUCCACAGCCCCCCAACUCAAGUAUAUACACACAGGAUUAGGCAAACAUACUCUUGGAGAAUGUGGUCUUAACUUUCAUGUCACAACUGCUGCACAUCAUCAGACACCAUACCCCAGCUCAUACGGGAUGCCUUGGUCUUUUCAUAACUUGAUCGAGUUAGAUGUAAACAUAAACAGUUAUGUUAAGAAGAUUAUUCCAUCUAGUGAGUUGCUGCAACUGCAAAAGCUGGAAAAGAUAAAUGUAUUCUCAUGUUGGGAGGUAGAGGAGGUAUUUGAAACUGCAUUCGAAGCAGCAGGGAGAAAUAAAAAUAGUAAUUGUAGUAGUGGUAGUGGUUUUGAUGAUACGUCACAAACUACUACUACUACUCUUUUCAAUCUUCGAAACCUCAGAGAAAUGAAGUUGAAUUAUCUACGUGGUCUGAGGUAUAUAUGGAAGAGCAAUCAAUGGACAGUAUUUGAGUUUCCAAACCUAACAAGAGUCGAUAUAUGGGGAUGUGAUAGGUUAGAACAUGUAUUUACUAGUUUCAUGGCUGGUAGUCUAUUGCAACUCCAAGAGCUACGUAUAGAGAACUGCAAGCAUAUUGAAGAGGUAAUUGUUAAGGAUGCAAGUGGUGUUGUAGAAGAAGAGGAGGAACGAACUGAUGGCAAAAUGAAAGAGAUUGUGUUACCUCAUCUAAAGUCCUUAGUACUUGGAAGUCUUCAAUGUCUUAAGGGGUUUAGCUUCGGGAAGGAGGAUUUUUCAUUCCCAUUAUUGGAUACUUUGUGCAUUAAGUAUUGCCCAGCAAUAACAACUUUCACCAAUGGAAAUUCUACAACUCCACAGCUAAGAGAAAUAGAAACAAGUUUUGGCCUGUUUUAUGCUGCAGGGGAGGAUAUCAACUCCAUUAUAAAGAUGAAACAAGAGGAAUUCAAAAGACACCCAUAUUAAUGUCAAGUAAAUAAUAAAGGUUAACUCUAUUUCCAAGCACUCAUUGUUGGCUAUAACCUAUUUUUCUCCUAUGCAUCAAUGGUAUGUGAUUCGUGCAUUUCUGACUUGCUCUUCAUGAGGAUGUAAAUUCUGAUGUUGGACUACAAAUGGUGUAUCCUUUUUGCUUCCAAAGACAGUAUCAAGAAUCGCUGGAGAUAAGUUACAAUGAUUUCAACCAUUCUGUAUCUUUGAAAACUGUGACAUUCAUGUCCACGUUUUUUAGUACUCAAUUCCUUUCCUAAUUGUAUUCAAUCAAAAGUGCAUAACUGUUUAUCAUUAUUCUUAAACAUAAUUAUAAGAUUCAUUUGUCAUCA